GCAAUGCCCUGGACCUAACCGGCCGACGUCUGGCAUUGCAGUCACCCCGCACAGAAAGCUGACUGCAGUUCAGACCGGCGCCUGCAAUGGACAACUCCAGGCGUUGCAUCACUGCCGUUGUGUGUCUGCUGCUGCUGCUCUAUACAGCAUCUUGUACGUUCAACAUUUGUACGGCGGAGAGGGCUUCCAGGAGCAUACCGCUCCUUGUCUAUCCAAAUGGAGGAGCUCUUAAGUGGGUCGUCGGCCUGUCUAUUCCGGUGAAGAUGUCCAAACGCUCGGUUGGGAUGCUCCUGCAGUUCCAAGGGCUGUACGCGCAUCCGUCAAACAUAAGCGAGAUAUCGCAACACUUCCCUCUGAAUGUUGGCCGUGCUGCCAUCUAUGCAGUUUUCACUUCGAUAAUGAACGCGCUAGGCACGGACGGCCACGCGUGCCUGCUGAGGGCUGUCUGCGAGGCGGCCGAAACGCCGCUGCUGCACAACGGACUGUUUGGGGAGGUGGCGCACCUGUUGCUGACGCCAAGCGAUGGCGACGCCGGUCUGGCAGAGCACGUGCUGGCCCGGGAGGCGGGCAGGGGCGGCAACGCACGUAGCGAGCGCACAGUGGAGCACGCAGCAGGAACCGGCGAGCGAGUAGCGGCGACCCGGCUGUGUGGAGGCGGGAGAGUGCGGGAGGCGGCGGGCGUGAUGCGGGGCGCCAGCGGCAGCGCGCCGGCGGCCGCCGCCGUGCUGCUGGUACUGCUGGUGGUGGCGGCUGCGGGGGCGGCAACGCCGGCUGCGGGGGCGGAGCCGCGAGCCGCGCGCGUCAAGCGCAGACUCGUCUUCCUCGAGGGCACCACCUUCUGGGUGCGACUGAACAUUAAGAAAGACAUAUUGCCGUACACCAAUCUCUUCGCCUUCUCUUACGGAUUCAGAGUCAACUAUCCACUGCCUACAGGUGCGAAAGACUUCCCGUUAAAACGAAUAUUCCGAAGAGACGUCUACGGAGAUCUGGAACACCUUAUUUCGCAACACGGCCUGGACGGCCGCGCGUGCGUGCUGCGAGCCAUCUGUGAAGCGGCGAGCCUCGAGAAGCCACGGGGUCUCGUGCAGAAGCUGCUGCACCGGAUAUUCAGUGUACCAGGAGACGAGGCCCAGCAUCUGCAGCCGUACCACGUGCUGGAGGGGGGCUGUGAGCGCCUGCACGAGUCCUGCCCCCUGUCGCUGCUCCACAUGACCGUCAUGCUCGAUCCCAACGAUGACAUCUGACGUGGAAACGCUUUUCAUCUGGAGCAUGUGUCUACGUAUGU